AUGGUAGGGAAUAAUGAAGCGGACAAUCCACUCAUGGACACCAUUCUGACGCCACUAUUUAACAGGCCCAAUUCAAGUAUUGUCCAUCCUGAAGUUGGCAACAAUAAUUGGGAUCUCAAGUCUGAUAAUAUUCGACUGGUGAAGAGAGCUCAUUUUGGUGGAGAGGAUGAUGAAGACCCUCAUAGGUUCAUAAACAGAUUCCUGAUGAUCUGUGACUCGACUAAACAUCCUCAAGUGUCCAAUGAUGCAGUCCGGCUGAGACUGUUUCCUUUUGCUCUUAAAGGAAAAGCUUUGAAUUGGUUGGAGAGGCAGCCUGCGAGAAGUGGUAGCAUUAAGUCAAUGAGAGCAAAUGAGACUCUUGAAUUGAUUGAAAGAAUGGCUGCCAAUGAAAAUGAAGGGUUGUCAUCUAAGCCUAAGAGAGGCAUUCUUCACCUAAACAACAAUGAUGCAACAUUGGAAGGUCAUGAAUCUAAUGAAUGUCCUACCUUGCUAUAUGAUGAUCCUCCUCAACAGGUGCAUGUAAAUGGCGUGUGGUAUGAUCAGAGGCCCCCACCACAAAAUGUUCCAAGAAAUCUGAAUUUUCCUUCUGGAAACAAUAACUUCCAGAGGAGGGUGCAGGGUACUGGUCUUGACUUCAAGUCCAAUAAUUAUCUGCAACCACCACCAGUUCAACCGAAGGAACCUUCUGAUUUAGAGAAGGUAGUGGGACAAAUGGCCCAACAUUCUAAUGCUUUCAUGGAAGAGACUCGGGCAAAUACCAGAAAUACACAAGCCUCCAUCAGAAAUUUGGAGAACCAAAUUGGCCAGAUAGCUAAACAGAUGGCUGAAAGAGCUCCAGGAACCUUCCCUAGCAAUACAGUUACUAAUCCGAAGGAUGAUUGUAUGGCUAUAACUACUAGAAGUGGUAAAGUGGUGGCAGCUCCAACAAAGCCAAUCACAAAUGUGGAAGCUGAAGAAAAAUUCAAGGAGCCCGAAGAAGAAGUGGUAAAUCCUUCUGAAGUUGAGAAACCUGUUCAAAAAGGUGAAGAAGAGGAGCCACAAAUUAUUGCUGCUGAGAAGAAUAAAUUCGAGCUGAAUCCUGAAUACGUGCGAGCUAUGGAACCUUACCUAGAAAGGUUCAAGAAAGAUGCUCAGAAACAACAAUAUUCAAGAUUUCUGGAUAUCUUCAAGAAGUUACAUGUGAACAUACCUUUUGCUGAAGCUUUGGCUAACAUGCCAAACUAUGCCAAGUUCAUGAAGGACUUGUUGUCAAGAAAACAUAAGUUGCAGGAAUGCCAAACAGUAACACUCACUGAAGAGUGUAAUGCCAUCAUACAAAAGAAGUUUCCUCCCAAACUCAGUGAUCCAGGAAGCUUCAAUAUUCAAAUUGCUAUUGGUAACACUGAUGUUGGCAGAGCACUAUGUGAUCUUGGGGCAAGUAUUAAUCUGAUGCCAUUAUCUAUUUGUAAAUCUCUGGGAAUUACUGAGUUAAAACCCACUAUGGUUUCUCUACAACUUGCUGAUAGAUCUUUGAGGAGACCAAGUGGUAUUAUUGAAGAUGUGCUUGUUAAGGUGGAUAAGUUCAUCUUCCCAGCUGAUUUUGUGGUAUUAGACAAGGAAUAG